CGCUGAGGCUCUGAGCUGCCAACACUCACACAUCGCCUCCCGCCGCAGCCGUACUGCUCCCGGAUUCCGGAGAGAGGGAGCGAGUGGAGGCGAAGAAACGCCAGACGCGGGAGAGGAGGCAGAAGACCGCUAGCAGGGGGAAGGAAGUCAGAAAGGAGGGAAACGUAGAGAGAGGGAGAAGGACCCCUCCUCCCCGCGCAGAGCCGACUUCCCAUGUAGCUAGGGAUAGAGGGAGAAGCUGGCGCUCAGGAACAGUGAGAGAAGCUCUCACAAGCAAGUUACUUAAUCCCUGGAGAGCGGCAGGAAGAGGGCACAGCAGCAAUCACUGAUCAGAACCACUGUUCCCAACCCCUCAUCAUUUAACCCCCGGGUGGUUCAAUGCAGUACUCCAAGCUCUUCUUAGUUUCUUCCUCGGGCUAACUUCAGAGGACGUACGGCCGGAGCGGCCCGGAGGGAAGGACAAGGGCCUCGGAAGAAGGAAGGAGAAGUUUUGUGGGGGUUGCGUGCGGAGGAGAAGAUGGGCUGGAAGCGCCGCUGUUGCUGGGGAGGCGGAGGCGGCGGGGACCUUCUCUGCCGGCUCACCCUGGUGCUGGGGUUCCUGCUGCCCGCCUGCAGGACGCGCCUCUACACCAACCACUGGGCUGUGCGGAUAACCGGGGGGCUCCCGGAGGCCAACAGGAUAGCGAGCAAAUACGGAUACGUCAAUAUAGGACAGAUUGGAACAUUGAAGGACUACUACCACUUCUACCAUAGUAAAACAAUUAAAAGGUCAGUUCUCUCAAGUAGAGGUACCCACAGCUUCAUUUCAAUGGAACCAAAGGUGGAGUGGAUACAACAGCAGGUGGUGAAAAGAAGGAUAAAGAGGGAUUAUAAACCUGGUGGUACCCAAUCCACUUAUUUCAAUGAUCCCAAGUGGCCAAGCAUGUGGUACAUGCACUGCAGUGACAACACCCACCAUUGCCAAUCAGAUAUGAAUAUAGUAGGUGCUUGGAAGAGAGGUUACACUGGAAAGAAUGUUGUGGUCACCAUCCUAGAUGACGGCAUUGAAAGAAACCACCCAGACUUGAUGCAGAAUUAUGAUUCGCAGGCCAGUUUUGAUGUAAAUGGAAAUGAUUUUGACCCUAUGCCUCGAUAUGAUGCCAGCAACGAGAACAAGCAUGGAACCCGUUGUGCUGGAGAAGUGGCAGCCACGGCAAACAACUCACACUGCACAGUAGGAAUCGCCUUUAAUGCCAAGAUUGGAGGUGUACGGAUGCUGGAUGGAGAUGUGACAGAUAUGGUAGAGGCAAAGUCUCUAAGCCUUAACCCCCAGCACAUCCACAUCUACAGUGCCAGCUGGGGGCCUGAUGACGACGGUAAGACUGUGGAUGGACCUGCUUCUCUAGCACGCCAGGCCUUUGAGAACGGCAUCAGAAUGGGACGAAGAGGCUUAGGUUCAGUCUUUGUUUGGGCAUCUGGAAAUGGUGGCAGAAGUCGAGACCACUGCUCCUGUGAUGGCUACACCAAUAGCAUCUACACCAUCUCCAUAAGUAGCACAGCUGAAAGUGGGAAAAAGCCAUGGUAUCUGGAAGAAUGUGCAUCCACCCUAGCUACAACAUACAGCAGUGGAGAAUCCUAUGACAGGAAAAUAAUUACUACAGACCUGAGGCAGCGUUGCACAGACAGCCAUACUGGAACCUCAGCCUCUGCACCUAUGGCUGCAGGCAUCAUUGCCCUGGCACUGGAAGCAAAUCCAUUUCUGACCUGGAGAGACGUACAGCACAUUAUUGUCAGGACUUCACGUGCAGGACAUCUGAAUGCUAAUGACUGGAAAACCAAUGCAGCAGGUUAUAAGGUGAGCCACCUUUAUGGAUUUGGACUGAUGGAUGCUGAAGCAAUGGUGACAGAAGCAGAAAAAUGGACAACGGUGCCUCCACAGCAUGUGUGUGUGGAGAACACAGAUCGGCAAAUCAAAACAAUUCGACCUGACAGCAUAGUCCGUUCAAUUUACAAAGCCACUGGCUGUUCAGAUAAUCCUAACCACCAUGUGAUCUACUUGGAGCAUGUUGUUGUGCGUAUCACUAUUACUCACCCUCGACGUGGAGACUUGGCAAUUUACCUAACCUCUCCUUCUGGAACUAGGUCACAGCUCUUGGCCAACAGGCUAUUUGAUCAUUCCAUGGAAGGAUUCAAAAACUGGGAGUUUAUGACUACUCACUGCUGGAGUGAAAAAGCAGCUGGUGAUUGGAUCUUGGAAAUCUGUGACACUCCAUCUCAGCUGAGAAAUUUCAAGACUCCAGGCAAAUUGAAAGAGUGGUCCUUAGUACUGUAUGGAACGUCCAUCCAGCCUUACUCACCAAGAAAUGAUUUUUCCAAAGUGGAAAGAGUGCGCUCUAGUCCAAUUGAAGACCCUACAGAAGAUUAUACAACAGAUGACUAUUCAGGUCCCUGCAAUGUAGAAUGCAGUAAAGUAGGGUGUGAUGGGCCAGGACCAGAUCAUUGUACUGACUGUCUGCACUAUUAUUACAAAUCUAAAAACAACACAAGGAUCUGUGUUUCGACCUGCCCACCUGGUCACUACAAUGCAGACAAGAAACGAUGUAAAAAAUGCUCACCCAAUUGUGAAACCUGUUUUGGAGGCCAUAAUGACCAGUGCCUGACCUGUAAAUCUGGCUACUACCUGAAUGAAGUAACCAAUAGCUGUAUUACCAACUGCCCUGAUGGGUUUUACCUGGAUAAGAAUAAGAUUGUUUGUCGAAAGUGUAGUGAAAACUGCAAGGCCUGUGUUGAAUUCCAAAUCUGCACGGAAUGCAGACAUGGCCUAAGUUUACAUGGCACCAGAUGUGCUAUCCGCUGUGAAGAAGGGAAAUAUCAUAAUGGCAGAGAAUGUGAACCAUGCCACCGUUCCUGUGCAACAUGUGCAGGUGCUGGAGUAGAUGCCUGUAUAAACUGCACACAGGGUUACUUUAUGGAAGAUGGAAGAUGUGUGCAGUCCUGUAGUAGUGGUUAUUACCUUGAUCACUCCACUGAAAGCGGAUACAAAAGCUGCAAAAGAUGCGAUCCCAGCUGUUUGGAUUGCAGUGGCCAAGGAGACAGAAACUGUACAAGCUGUCCAAGUGGCUAUAACCUAGACACUGGUGUCUGUGUCAUUGGAACAGUAUGCAAGGACGGGGAGUAUCUUGAUGAUUCUCAAGAAUGCCAGUUGUGUGAAAUAUCCUGUGAGAAAUGCAUUGGACCUGAGUCAGACAACUGCAUCAGCUGCCCACCCACAAGAGUCUUUGAUGACGGCAGCUGUGUUAUGAAAUGCCCCAGAGGAAAGUUUGCAUUCAAACAGCAGUGUCACUUGUGCCAUCAUACCUGCCUGGACUGCAGUGGAAGUGAACCUAACAAAUGCACUGCUUGUGGAACAGACAGAAGAGGAGUGGAACGUUUCCUGUAUCAUGGUGAGUGCAGAGACAACUGUCCUCCAGGUCACUACCACUUGGAGCAUACCUGUGUGCCUUGCCCUGGCCACUGCGAGGUGUGCCUGAACUCCAGCCACUGCAAAAGAUGUUUCAGAGGCUACUACCUUACUCAAAAUGUGUGUCAGAAGCAUGGUUGUAGAGAAGGUGAAAUGGAAGAUCCUGACUCUGAAGACUGUAUACCAUGUUCAGAUGGAUGCCACAACUGCAAACAGGAUGAUCCAAGAAUCUGUAUAACAUGCAUUCAAAACUAUUACAUGUAUAAGCAGCAUUGCUAUAAAUAUUGUCCAGAAAAUACCUACAGAGAUGAAAGUUCUUGGCAGUGUAGAGACUGUCCUAGCAACUGUGAUAGCUGUGACGAGGAUGGGUGUCACUCAUGUGAGAAAGGCUUUUAUCUCUCAGAUGGCACCUGUGUGAGUGAGUGUGGAGACGGCUUCUUCGCUGAUGUUGUCUCUCGAGAAUGCGAGCCUUGCCACAGGAGCUGUGUGACCUGUGUUGGGUACAGUUACAAGAACUGUACUGGGUGCAAAAACAGUUUCCAACUAUCUCAUGGGCAGUGCCUGAACCCAGGAAAUUCUCUGCCAGCUGGGAAGUUCCGGAGUGGGACCUUUCAGACUGAAAGAUACAUCUCACUCAGAGCUGUACUGGCCUGAACUUUAAUGACUGCUCCAAAGACACAGGAUUCCUGCUGCAGCUGGUGAUGGGACCCCAGGGAACACAGCUGGUGGCUGUACAGCUCCUCUUGGACAGACCUGCCGGGAUACCUUCACUGUGGCAGCUGCUGUACCAUGUAACUGCUGGGAACGUGAUGUGAGCUGGUGAUGUCCUGAGCCUUUUUCCUCCAGGCUUCCAAGUAGAAAUAAUCUUCAAGUCAAAAUGUAAUGGAGUUGCCAUGGUGUUUAUUGAAGUUACAUCCUUUAGUAACUACAUUUAUUGACAUUUUCUGAAGUUUUUUAUUCAGGUAGUGUAGGGUCAUACAGUUCACAGAAAAAUAAUUUCCAUUGUUUAAAAAACAACACAAUCUGAAUGGCUGCUUUUUGCUUAGAAUGCUACUCAUUCAUUUCUUUUGAUGACUUCAUGCAAGGGGCAGAGUUAAGUAUAGCUGUUAAGCUGACUUCAUGCAAGUCAGCUGAGUUAAGAUUUCCAGCUGUACUGUCCAUAUUGGAAAUUCUUGUUGCACGCUAAAGAUCCUUAACAAAAGAUAGAACUCAGGAAGCCAGAACGAAAACACAUUUAGCUCUAGCAAAGCAUCACACUGCUAAAGUUGUUCCUGGUUAGAGACUGCAGUCCAUUUCGCACCCUGAUAACAUUUUAACAUACAUGGAUCAUUUUAAAAGGGAAAAAAGAAAGCAAAGCAAGCAAACAAAAACUUUCUGUGUUUCACAAUCUGUCACAAUUAUUUUCAUCGUUAUCAAAAGCUUUCUUAAAACCAAUAAAAUUUUUCUCCUGUCAAUAUUUUAAUUGGAAAAUUCAAAUGCUUAUAUUUGACUGAAAGGUAAAUGUUGUUUCUGUUGUCAGCAGAAGCCUAAUUGCUUGUGUGCAUUCCCCUCUGGUGGCAAAUAGUAACUAUUACAAAAACCAGGACAUACUGCAAAAGGGAAACAGAAAAAACCUACUUCACAAAACAAAAAUCUUUAUUUUGCAUGGCAAGGUUUCAAACAUUUAGAAAGAAUGAGCUCCUUUAAAUAUUCUUCAGCAAUAGUUAACAACUUCUCUGCUUAACUUCACCUGAUCUUCACUCAAAAACCGCAAAAGAAACAAGCUCUACAAAAAUAAUGUUAGAAUAAUUGAAAACUUUUUAACAGCCAACUUUUCUGGCGUAUUUCUUAUAUUCUUACAGUGAACAUUAAGGACACUUCUUAAUGUUUCCUUAAAUAUUGAAGAGUAAUGAAAAACAUGAAGCUAAGGAGUAGUGUCUCCAAAAAACCCUUUGAUAGUGAACCUCCAAAAAGUAACCAAUUAUCUAUUUAAGGAUUAUUUGCAUAAGAGAAGUCAAAAUGGUUAUGUGGUACAUACUUUAAAAAACACUCGAACUUCCCUCUGCAAUCAGUGGCAAUUGAUUGCAGAGUCUUUUUAGCAGAACAUAUUGUAACAUGAAAUACAGAAAAAAAUGGUAUUCCAGUAGGGCAAAAAGAGACGUACAAAUUAUGUCAGCAAGAGUCAGUGUUAGUGUGGGAGGAUUUACUGGACCCUUAGAGUUUGUCUGUCAGCAUCCCAGGAGAGACCUUUGUGCCUGACCACUCCAUCAGUGUCCCCUUGGGGCAACUCUUCACUGAGCAGUCCUGCUGGACUCGAGGCUGGUUCCACUGACUCAGCCAGGGAGACCCCUGAGCACAUCUUCCUCUUUCCUAGAGUGUGUUACUCACUGCCAGCCACUGCUGUGCCCAUGCAGGACACGCACUGACAGUUCAUGGAGUAACUCUCACUGUCAAUGAAAAAUUGUGACAGCUUAAGGUUCAAAGGCUGUCAGUGAUAGCGUCUGACUGAAAAAAUGUAUUCAAAGUAAUACACAGACAAGCUCUAGUCCCCAGUAAAAUGUUGGGCCUGAAGAGAACAUGAUUCUUACCCAACAGGUGUCCCUUUGGGGAAGAAGAGAGGUUCAGCCCAUCAACAGAUCCCAGCAGUUAUGAGGGACUCUUCCCUUCCUUUUCCCCCACUGUCAACUUACUUUUGGACAGUUUCUCUGUGUUUAGAUGCAGCUUGAGUGACUCUAGUCAUGCAUGCCUUUGUUACUGAUUGGUGUAUGAUUCUCUCAUUUCACUUUUAAAGAUACAGCUAUAUCUGGAGCAAUUUUACGUUGUGCCAGUUGCCAAGAAGAGUAGUACCACAGGCUUUCAUUAUCCUGUACAAGUUGUAUUCUCAAGUAGUACUGGCAAAGACUGACUAACUAUGUCCUUGCUGAACGACCUACUGUUAAACACCCAGGCUGUCAUAUGCUGUGCUCUCCACGGAUCGUUACACUGAAACUCUUUUGUACUUCCAUGAGUUUUUGAGGCUUCUCAGCUAACGAUAGUGUCAGAUGUGGUUAUUACAUACUGUUAUGGACCAUCCCCAGUCACACUGAAUGUGGACCUAAUUUCUCUUGUUCAUACUCUCUUAUUCAUGUCUUUAUUAUUAUUCUCUCUUCUUCCCCCCGGUAUGGUAUGUAUCUACACACUUUUCAUCUGCUUAGUACAAUGGCCAUCAUUUCACCUUGUGGGAAAGGGCUUUAUAUAAGUUUCUUGCUCUCUUCCUUUGUCUUUAUACUUGAAGCAUUUGUUUCCAUGGUUCUCAUUCAGUAUUUCAGUAUUUUAAGCUAUCUUGCCAUAACAGGCAGAACAAAAAAAUUUAGUGAUAUGCUGCAUUUGGCUAAUCAUUACUAUCAUCAAUCAACCUACAGAAAUCAUACAUAUUUAACUGGCAGGAUGAGCUCAGUGUGCUAAAUGAGGUGCAUAGCUCAACCUAUGAGUAAUUUUUGGUUUUGUCUUUAUUUUCUAUUUUCAGAAAAAUCACAAAGCUUCUGUGUGUUGUCUGUUGGUCCAUAAUUAUUUUCUCAUUAGACAUACCUUUAGCCAUUCUUGUAGUUUCCUUGUAUCAAAAUACAAAGCUGCAUGCUGGGUACAUAGUCACAUUGCACAGCAGUCUUUUUUCUGUUAGGUAUGAUGUUCCAAUGUCCUUGUCAUUUUAUAACUGAUGGUUCUGCAAAGUGUAAUAAAAAUCUGCUUUUCCCUAGUCAUAAGAACUCCAUUUGACACUCAUUAGGCUGUCUUUUGGAGGGAAACAGCAGGAAGUAGUACUUUUAGGGAGAACUAUUUAAUAAGUGUUAUUCCCAGGAGGGCCAAGUGUGUGCUGGGAUGCUUUAAGUGCAGCACUCACAAAUGGUCAGAGAAGGGAUUGUCCUGCUCUUCUCUGCACUGAUGCAGCCUGAGUUUGAAGACUGUGUGUGGAUUUGGGCACCACAGUAUGGAAAAGACAAUAAGCUAUUAGAAAACAUUCAAAGGUGGGCCAUGAGGAUGGUGAAGAGUCUUGAAGGAAAGCUUUACAGGAAGAGACUGAGGUCAUCUGGGUUUGCUCAGCUUAAAGCAGAGGAGGCUUCAUUGUGGUUUUCAACAUUCUCACAAGGAGAAGUGGAGCAGCAGGUAUGGAUCUCUUCACUCGUGAUCAGUGACAAGACUCAAGAAAAAGGCAUGAAACUUAGUCAGGGGAGGUUUACACUGGACACUGGGAAAGAUUUUUCACCCAGAGCGUGAUUGAGUUCUGGAACAUGCUCUCCAGGGAAAUGGACACAGCACCAAGCCUGACAAAAGUUCAAGAAACAUUUGGACACUGCUCUCAGCUUAUGGCAUAUCCGGCACAGGACCAGAAGUUGGACUUGGAUGAUACGAUGCUCCCUUCCAAAGCAACACAUUCUAUGAUUAUAUGAUUUCUCCUUCUGACUCAGAACUUUUAGGUCACAGGGUAAUGUGUUCUACAGCAAUUUCAUUCAAAAUAUCCAUGAACUAUCUCAUUAAACCAAGUCCCCAAAUAUACAUACUUUCCAGAUGUUUCUAUUUGCAAUCUAUUAGUACAACAUAUCUGUAUUUGGAUUUGGAGCACUACACUGAAAGUA